AUGCUUCCAACAACAAAAAUUUCCUAAUAAGUGGGAGUAGAGAAGAAAGUUCCCACCAUGACAUGCCUCCAAAUGACCAUUUCUUAAACAAUUUUUCAUUCUCAUUCCAACCUCACCUAAAAGACUUGCAGAACCACACAAGCACCUUCCCUCUUUAAUUUCAUAUCUGACUAUUUUGAUGAUGUCUUCAAAUACAAGACUCAAUCCAAAAGGUUCGUAUAUUAUAUAUAGCAUCUCCUACACCAUUCCUCAACACCAUUUGCCUGCAAAUUAAGUUGCAAAUAAUUCUUUCAUCUUUUCCUUCAAUUCUUUGCCGAAUAACGUUUCAUUCUUGACACUAGGUAGAGACUUGAUAAAUAUCUAUGACUAUUCUUUUGAACCAUAACAGAAUCACAAUGGAGAACAGACCAUCAGUUAACAACGGCUCCUCUUGCCUGAUGUGUUUUUGGUUUGGAAACCCUUUGUUGACAAUUUUUGGGGUCAUCACACGAAAGUUUUGGUCAAGAUUUUGGUGUUCUUUCCAAUCCCAACUCAACUUUGAAAACUCAAACGUUUGGCCUGAAGACAAGAAUCCAGGUUCUGAGUUGAGCCAGCUGCAACCGACUUGUGCUGAUUGCUCAAGUGAAAAGAAGGAUGAUGAAAGCUUGAGCAGAGGAGAUGUUGAAACGAUCAUGAAAAGAUUGGGAAUUUGUUGCAGCCCAGAAGAUGAUGAACUUCAAGUGAGGUUCAGUUCCAAGGAGCUUUCAGAGCUGUUUGACGAGAAGGAGCCGAGCUUGGAGGAGGUGAAGGAAGCUUUUGAUGUGUUUGAUGAGAACAGAGAUGGGUUCAUUGAUGCAAGGGAAUUGCAGAGAGUUCUCCGUAAUUUAGGCUUAAAGGAAGGCGAAGAGCUACAUAACUGUGAGAAAAUGAUCAGGGCAUUCAAUGAAAACGGAGAUGGAAGGAUAGAUUUCAAUGGAUUUGUAAAAUUCAUGGAGAAAUGUCUAAGUUGAAUGGCAAAAUUUAGGUACAGCACUAUUAUACUUAUAGAGUUGUAUCUACGUUUUACCCUUGAAAACAAUAAUAUAAUAUAUCAAACUCGCUCAUUUUUUCACUUCCAUCAA